CAGAAUCGCGGGGGUGGGGAGGGGAAUAUUGGAAUCACGCAAUUUGCUGGGUUGCUCUCUCUGUCUGUCUGUUUUUCGAUCCAUCACUGGCUUGAGCUACUUUUAUUAUUUGCGUGCUCCGUACGGUCUAUCCCCACGCCAAUCUAUCGUCUCAAGAAAUUUUCCGUCCCUGCAAGUCAACUCAACUUGUUGCUGCUUGCUUUUUUAUCUCAAUAGCAUUCGAUUCCUUUUGUUUAUUCUCUUUUGCUUUACUCCUUUUUAUCUAUUAUUAUUUAUUUAUUUAUUAUUCGUUUUUGUUGUUGCAAUUUUUGAGCCUUCUACGUUUCACCCCGCUGCUACCUACGAUCCGUCGUCUUCUUUGUUCACUUAUUAUGCACUGCUACUGCUACUACAAUUUCAGUGUUGUUUAAAUUACAAAACAAUAAACAAUACAAAAUUAUGGAUGGUGAUGAGGCUAGGGUUUCAGUUAAUGCCGCCGAUGAUUUGAAGCCCUCAUACUGGAUUGAUGCUUGCGAGGACAUUCCUUGCGAUGAUUUUCUUCACGAAUAUGUCAAUUGUGAUUCACAUGCCACUGCCACUUUGGUCUCCCAAACCUCCAAUCAGGAGGAGCCUGAUCCUUGUUUUUUUGGUGAGAUUGAUCAUAUUCUUGAAAACAUCAAGAAUGGAAGUAGUGCUCAUCCUCCAUCCACACCCUGCAGCAUCAAUGGACAUGAAAAUCAUGCCUCUUCACCUGUGACAUCUGAAACUUCCUGUCCUUUCAAGGAUCCCAAGUUUAAUCAUCGUAAUGGACACCUGCAUAUGAAUAACAACGUCAAGCCGGGUGAAAGUGGUUUUGGGAGGGCGAGGCCUGAAUGUAAAGGAAAUGGAUACUCCCAGCUUAGUGACAAAGGGAGAUACGGAAAAAGGGCGCGUCUCAGUGAGAGCAGCAUGAAUGAGAGAAGAAACCCUGACAAACCUCUAGGGAGGAAAAGACUUCGUGAGUUUAGUGAUAUUGAUAGGCGAGAUAGGGAUCAAAUUAAGAGAAGAGAACACCAAGGUUGUUUCAGGAGGGAGAGAGAUUGGAAUGAGGGGAGAGGUUAUUGGGAGAGGGAUAAAGAGAGGAAUGAGAUGGUUUUCCGAACAGGUUUAUGGGAAGCUGAUCGGAACCGAGAAGGGAAGCUCCCUUCCGGGAAAAGCCUUGAAUGGAAUGGAGGGCAGGAGAUAAAACCCGAAAAACCAAAGGAACAACCCCCUGAAGAGCAGGCCCGCCAAUACCAAUUGGAUGUUCUUGAACAGGCAAAGCAGAAAAAUACUAUUGCUUUUCUUGAAACAGGGGCGGGGAAAACACUCAUAGCAAUCCUUCUUAUAAGGAGUCUUUACACUGAUUUGCAAAAACAGAACAAAAAGAUACUGGCUGUAUUUUUGGUUCCUAAAGUUCCACUGGUUUACCAGCAAGCAGAAGUCAUUCGGGAGCGAACUGGCUAUCAAGUAGGGCAUUACUGUGGUGAAAUGGGCCAAGAUUUCUGGGAUGCACGCCGGUGGCAACGCGAGUUUGAGACCAAACAGGUUUUAGUAAUGACAGCUCAAAUUUUGUUGAACAUCUUGAGGCAUAGUAUAAUAAAAAUGGAGUCUAUCAAUCUCCUUAUCCUGGAUGAAUGCCAUCAUGCUGUAAAGAAGCAUCCAUACUCUUUAGUGAUGUCUGAGUUCUACCACACAACUCCAAAGGGCAAAAGACCAUCAGUUUUUGGAAUGACUGCUUCUCCUGUUAACUUAAAGGGUGUUUCCAGCCAAGUGGAUUGUGCAAUUAAGAUUCGUAAUCUGGAGAGUAAACUGGAUUCUGUUGUUUGCACUAUAAAAGACCGCAAGGAACUGGAGAAACAUGUGCCAAUGCCAUCUGAAAUAGUAGUGGAGUAUGAUAAAGCUGCUACUUUAUGGUCUCUUCACGAACAAAUUAAACGAAUGGAAGUGGAAGUUGAAUUAGCUGCCCAAUCAAGUUCAAGAAGAAGUAAAUGGCAGUUUAUGGGAGCUCGAGAUGCUGGAGUUAAGGAAGAGUUGCGCCAGGUCUAUGGUGUUUCUGAAAGAACUGAAAGUGAUGGGGCUGCUAAUUUAAUUCAAAAGUUGAGGGCUAUAAAUUAUGCACUUGGUGAACUAGGGCAAUGGUGUGCCUUUAAGGUUGCCCAUUCUUUUCUAACAGCUUUACAAAGUGAUGAGAGACCAAAUUAUCAGCUUGAUGUCAAGUUUCAAGAAUCCUAUCUCAGUAAAGUUGUCUCUCUUUUGCAAUGCAAGCUGACUGAGGGAGCUGUUGCAGAAAGUAAUGCUAGAGUUGAGGACAUGGAUAUUUGUAAGACUCUAGACAGCAACAUGCCUGAUGAGAUAGAGGAGGGAGAGCUUCUCGAUAGUUAUGUUGUAUCUGGUGGAGAGCAUGUUGAUGUGAUAAUUGGAGCUGCUGUUGCCGAUGGAAAAGUUACACCAAAGGUUCAAUCAUUAAUAAAAGUUCUUCUGAACUAUCAGCACACGGAGGAUUUUCGUGCUAUUAUAUUUGUUGAACGUGUUGUUGCUGCUUUGGUUCUCCCUAAGGUAUUUGCAGAGCUGCCUUCACUAAGUUUUGUGAAGUCAGCAAGCUUGAUUGGCCACAAUAAUAGCCAAGAAAUGCAGACUUGCCAAAUGCAAGAAACAAUUGCCAAAUUCCGUGAUGGUCGAGUUAACUUGUUAGUUGCUACUAGUGUUGCUGAGGAAGGUCUUGAUAUACGGCAAUGCAAUGUUGUCAUCCGCUUUGAUCUUGCGAAAACUGUUCUGGCUUACAUUCAGUCUAGGGGCCGUGCUAGAAAGCCAGGGUCUGAUUACAUUUUGAUGGUCGAAAGAGGAAAUUUGUCACAUGAAACCUUCCUAAGGAAUGCUAGAAACAGUGAAGAGACAUUGCGGAAGGAAGCCAUUGAAAGAACUGACAUUAGCCAUCUCAAAGGUGCCUCCGAUUUAGUUUCCACAGAGGUAUUGCCUGGUACAGUUUAUCAGGUGGAAUCCACUGGUGCUGUUGUGAGCUUAAAUUCUGCUGUUGGACUUAUCCACUUCUACUGCUCCCAGUUACCCACUGAUAGGUAUUCAAUACUUCGUCCCGAGUUUAUAAUGAAGCGCCAUGAGAAGCCAGGAGGUCCUUCUGAAUAUUCAUGUAGGCUUCAACUCCCCUGCAAUGCCCCAUUCGAUAGACUUGAGGGCCCUGUAUGCAGCUCAAUGCAUCUUUCACAACAGGCGGUUUGUUUGGAUGCUUGCAAGAAGCUCCAUGAGAUGGGAGCAUUUACUGAUAUGCUCUUGCCAGAUAAGGGAAGUGGCACAGAAUCUGAAAAGGUUGAGGAAAAUGAUGAAGGUGAUCCCCUUCCUGGAACGGCUAGGCAUAGGGAGUUUUAUCCUGAAGGUGUAGCUGACAUUCUCCGGGGUGAGUGGAUUUUGUCGGGGAAGGAUGAUUGUGACAGCUCAAAAUUCUUCCAUCUGUAUAUGUAUGCUGUAAAAUGUGUAAAUGUUGGUUCCUCAAAAGAUCCAUUCUUAACUCAGGCGUCAGAGUUUGCUGUACUGUUUGGCAAUGAGCUGGAUGCAGAGGUAUUAUCGAUGUCUAUGGAUUUAUUUAUUGCUCGUACUGUGAUAACAAAGGCAUCUCUUGUCUUCCAAGGACUAGUGGAGAUUACAGAGACUCAGUUGGCAUCCCUUAAGAGCUUUCAUGUGAGACUGAUGAGCAUUGUAUUGGAUGUUGAUGUUGAGCCAUCUACCACACCAUGGGACACUGCGAAGGCAUAUUUAUUUGUUCCCAUUGCUGGUGGUAAAUCUGGAGAUCCUGUAAAAGGUAUUGAUUGGGAUCUUGUUGAAAAAAUAACUAGAACAGAUGCAUGGAACAAUCCACUUCAAAGAGCACGACCUGAUGUUUUUCUUGGUACUAAUGAACGAGCACUUGGUGGGGAUAGAAGGGAAUAUGGGUUUGGAAAGUUGCGCCAUGGUUUGGCUUUUGGAUUAAAGUCCCAUCCUACAUAUGGCAUUAGAGGAGCUGUAGCACAAUUUGAUGUGGUGAAAGCAUCUGGUUUAGUUCCUAGCAGGCUAACCAUUAAAAUGUGUGAUACUGUGAAAUCAAGCAACAGCAAGCUAGUUAUGUUUGAUUGUUGUUCAAGGGCAGAGGAGCUGAUUGGAAGAAUCGUCACUGCAGCUCACUCUGGGAAAAGAUUUUAUGUUGACUCUGUUCGCUAUGAGAUGACUGCAGAGAGCUCAUUUCCAAGGAAAGAAGGGUAUCUGGGUCCUCUGGAGUACAGUACUUAUGCAGAUUACUAUAAGCUAAAAUAUGGAGUUGACUUGUUGUAUAGACAACAACCUCUACUAAGAUGCCGUGGUGUUUCAUAUUGCAAGAACCUUCUUUCCCCUCGAUUUGAACAUUCAGAAGGUGAAUCUGAGGAGAUUAUUGACAAAACAUAUUAUGUUUUUCUCCCUCCUGAGCUCUGUUUUGUGCAUCCACUUCCUGGAUCCCUGGUUCGUGGUGCUCAGAGAUUGCCCUCUAUAAUGAGGAGAGUUGAAAGCAUGCUACUUGCUGUGCAGCUUAAGGAUAUCAUAAGCUACCCUGUCCCUGCUUCAAAGAUCUUGGAAGCUUUGACAGCUGCUUCUUGCCAAGAGACGUUCUGUUAUGAAAGAGCAGAGCUUCUUGGAGAUGCUUAUUUAAAGUGGGUUGUUAGUCGAUUCCUUUUUCUCAAGUAUCCCCAAAAACAUGAAGGUCAACUUACCAGAAUGCGGCAGCAAAUGGUCAGUAAUAUGGUGUUAUAUCAGUUUGCCUUGAACAAAGGACUUCAGUCAUACAUUCAAGCAGAUCGGUUCUCUCCAUCAAGAUGGGCUGCCCCUGGUGUUCCACCUGUGUUUGAUGAGGACACAUAUGAAGGAGAAUCAUCCUUAUUUGAUCAUGAAAUACUUAAUGCAACUAGAGCAGAAACAUACCAUGAUGUUGCUGGAUAUGGAGAUGAGGAAACAGAAGAUGGUGAGCUUGAGAAUGAUUCAAGUUCAUAUCGUGUUCUCUCUAGUAAGACACUGGCUGAUGUUGUGGAAGCACUUAUUGGUGUGUAUUAUGUUGAAGGUGGAAAGCAUUCAGCAAACCACUUAAUGAAAUGGAUUGGAAUUCAGAUUGAUUUUAAUUCUAACGAUAUUAACAACAAAAUUUGCCCAAGUAACAUUCCCGAGAAUAUACUAAGGAGUGUUGACUUUGAGGCACUGGAAUGUGCUUUGAACAUUAAGUUCAAUGAUAAAGGUCUACUGGUUGAAGCAAUUACUCAUGCUUCACGUCCAUCUUCCGGAGUGGCUUGUUACCAACGACUGGAGUUUGUAGGUGAUGCAGUAUUGGACCAUCUUAUUACUAGGUACUUGUUCUUCACAUACACAGAUUUGCCACCGGGACGUUUGACUGACCUGCGAGCUGCUGCUGUGAAUAAUGAAAACUUUGCACGUGUUGCUGUUAAACGUAGCCUUCACGUACACCUUCGACAUGGAUCUAGUGCUCUUGAAAAGCAGAUUCGCGAUUUUGUUUUUGAAGUGCAAAAUGAACUGUCAAAGCCAGAAUUAAACUCUUUUGGAUUAGGGGAUUGCAAAGCUCCCAAGGUUCUUGGUGACAUUGUUGAAUCAAUUGCAGGGGCUGUUUUUCUUGAUAGUGGCUGUGACACAGCAGCUGUAUGGAGGGUGUUUCAACCCUUAUUGGAUCCAAUGGUGACUCCAGAAACACUUCCAAUGCAUCCAGUUCGAGAACUGCAAGAACGGUGCCAACAACAAGCAGAAGGCCUGGAGUAUAAAGCUUGUAGGAAUGGAAACAUAGCUACUGUUGAGGUUUAUGUUGAUGGUGUCCAGGUUGGAAUUGCUCAAAAUCCUCAAAAGAAAAUGGCUCAAAAACUGGCUGCUAGGAAUGCCCUUGUUGCAUUGAAAGAGAAGGAGGCUGCUGAAGCCGCCGCCAAUAAGGUUGAAGAUGAGGAGGAGGGGAAGAAUAAGAAAAAUUGCAGCCAAACGUUUACAAGACAGACAUUGAAUGAUAUAUGCUUGCGUAGAAAUUGGCCAAUGCCAUUGUAUCGAUGUGUCCAUGAGGGUGGUCCUGCACAUGCAAAGAGGUUUACGUUUGCAGUACGUGUAAAUACUUCCGAUAGAGGAUGGAUAGAUGAAUGCAUCGGAGAGGCUAUGCCGAGUGUGAAGAAAGCCAAGGAUUCUGCUGCAGCAGUUCUCUUAGAGCUCAUAAGUAAAUGGUACUCCUCAUGAUGAUGGUGAAGAAUUUGGAGUGACCUGGUUGGUAAUUGGCAGUCUCGUCUAACCCUUCAUUCUCUCAUCUACAGGAAGUUGUAAAAACUCCCCACUAAACCCUAGCACCUAGGCUCUAAUAAUUCGAUGGAUGAUUCUAGCUAGAUUCCAAAUCUCAAGAAUUUCCUUCCUGAGAAGAUCCUAUUUAUGUAUCUAGUACGACUAACUUGUCCAAUUCUAUUGCAAAUCUGAAAGAAAUUUAUUAGAUUAUGAUAA